AUGAUUGAAUCAAAAGAUAACCAGAAGCAAGAAAUAUUAAAUUUAGAAUAUAGAGUUGAAUCUUUAGAACGUGCAGUUGAAUUAUUAAAAAUUGAAAUAUCAAAAACUCAAGUUGAACUUAUAACAAGUUCUUUGAAUCAGUCGAAAAUGAAUGUCUCUGAAAAAAAUUUAAGUGCUGCAGAAAACUAUACCAGAUUAUGUCAACACUUGGAACUUUUAAUAAAAUCGUGUGAGAAAAUGGAUAAAAUUAAAUCAGAAUUGGGUAUUAAAGAAAAUAAAAAAAAUGGAGAAAAUUUAGCAGGUGACGAAAAUGACGAAAAUGAAACUAUUGAAAAAAUUAAAGAAAGUGAAGAAAUUGACGAGUAA